GUUUACUAAAGUUCGACGUCGAAUCGGACGCCGAAUUGUUUUGUCUCGGUUGUUCAACACAAGCCUACUCCCGUAGUUGGGCCGCUGACUUAACGCUGAUCCCCUCUCGUGCUAGCUAGUAUCAGUCUCUCCACCGCGGCACAGCGAAUUUUUGUCGUAUCAACGAAUUGUUUUUUCAUCCAUUUCCUUUUCUCCUGCUGCUACCGCCGACAAGCCACAAAACUCAACCGAACCCCGCGCCUUGAACACGAUCGUAUCCAAAAAGACAGCCCUAGUGACCAGUCCGUGCCAGUGUACCAUUCAGUGUGAAUCAGUGCUUCAACGUCUGCGCCAGCUAGCAGCACUCGACAAAGGAUACUGUGCGAUCUUGCUAUAGUGCUAAGUGUGCUGUUUAGUGUAAAUCAUCUCGUUGGACCAAACAGCCCCGGGAAGUUCUACUUGGUACGAAAGCGAAAAGAAAGAUUGAAGCGUGCUGUGAUUAGAAGUUAGUCGUUUUGAAGUGUUGUCAGUGGCAUAGCUUUAAGUUAUUUCGGAACGUUUCCAUUCGACUAGAACUUUUCAAAAGUAACGAACGAAUAACGAAAAAAAAAAAACGUUUUGGAUCGUAGUGGGAAAUAUGGCGAGAGUUUAUGCCUUAAUUGGCAUUCUGGCGUUGGUAGUUUCUGCCACGGCUACUGUGCGAACGAAACGACAAGCAGAGGAAACUAAAAAAGAAGAAUCGUUUGAAAAAGAGCUUUGCAAGGACAAAGACGCCGGUGAAUGGUUCCGAUUAGUGCCUGGUGAGGGGGACAGCUGUCGAGAUGUCAUCCAGUGCACAUCGUCGGGCCUUCAAGCCAUUCGAUGCCCGGCGGGUCUGUAUUUUGAUAUUGAGAAACAAACGUGUGACUGGAAGGACGCCGUCAAAAACUGUAAGAGUAAAAAUCGCGAGCGUAAAAUCAAACCACUGCUGAUCACGGACGAACCUUUGUGUCAGGACGGAUACUUGGCCUGCGGUGAUGGAACCUGCAUGGAACGUGGACUGUUUUGUAACGGGGAAAAGGAUUGCAACGAUGGAUCGGACGAAAAUUCAUGUGAUAUCGAAAGUGAUCCAAACCGUGCGCCACCCUGCGAUCCGGUCGUAUGCGUGCUACCCGACUGUUUCUGUUCCGAGGAUGGCACCACUAUUCCCGGCGAUCUGCCGGCCAAGGACGUCCCGAUGAUGAUCACCAUAACGUUUGACGACGCCAUCAACAACAACAACAUCGAUCUGUACAAGGAGAUCUUCAACGGCAAGCGCAAGAACCCGAACGGGUGCGACAUCAAGGCGACGUACUUCGUCUCACACAAAUACUCAAACUACUCGGCGGUGCAGGAAACCCACCGAAAGGGGCACGAAAUUGCGGUGCAUUCGAUCACCCACAACGACGAAGAACGCUUCUGGUCGAACGCCACCGUCGACGAUUGGGCCAAAGAAAUGGCCGGUAUGCGUAUCAUCAUCGAAAAAUUCGCCAAUUUGACCGACAACUCGGUGGUAGGAGUCCGUGCUCCAUACUUGCGAGUCGGAGGUAAUAACCAGUUCACCAUGAUGGAGGAACAGGCUUUCCUGUACGAUUCGACCAUCACCGCUCCGCUAUCCAACCCACCGCUAUGGCCAUACACCAUGUAUUUCCGCAUGCCGCAUCGCUGCCAUGGUAAUCUGCAAAGUUGUCCCACUCGUUCCCAUGCCGUCUGGGAGAUGGUUAUGAAUGAGUUGGAUCGCCGAGAGGAUCCAACGAAUGACGAAUAUCUACCUGGGUGUGCCAUGGUUGAUUCCUGCUCCAAUAUUUUGACCGGUGAUCAGUUUUACAAUUUCCUGAACCACAACUUCGAUCGGCAUUACGAACAAAAUCGUGCUCCACUUGGUUUGUAUUUCCAUGCAGCCUGGUUGAAGAACAACCCCGAAUUUCUCGAUGCUUUCGUCUACUGGAUCGAUGAAAUCUUGUCAAACCACAACGAUGUUUACUUCGUCACAAUGACCCAAGUUAUCCAAUGGAUCCAGAAUCCACGCACUGUUUCAGAGGUCAAGAACUUCGAACCAUGGAGGGAGAAGUGUGUUGUCGAUGGCAAACCAGCUUGUUGGGUUCCAAACUCAUGUAAAUUGACCUCAAAAGAAGUUCCCGGAGAAACCAUCAAUCUACAAACCUGCGUACGUUGUCCCAACAACUAUCCGUGGCUUAAUGAUCCGACUGGAGAUGGAUUCUUCUAAGUCAGCGGGAUUAUUCUUUAGAGAAUUUCUAGCUUCACCUUUUUCAGUUUUACUAUUCCAAGAUUCAAGCUAUGUAUUGACAAUAUUUCAAAGUGUUUUGCAAUCUAGCCCUGCAUUGAUGACUUACUUAUCUAAACGAAUAAACAAAAAAUAAAUUAAAACAAGACUUAAAGAAUCUAGCACAGGAUUAAUAGAUGGGAAAUCGCGCGAUAGUAAAACAACAUCAACCAUUAUAGAAAAGGCCAAGGUGUCUCGUCACGAAUGACCCUCCUGUCAUGUUCUCAUUAAUCAACCCAAACACAACUGGCAUGGUAAGAUUCGUGAUUGUGACACCGACAUGAUGCAUCGAAACAAAAGAAUGAGAUUGAGAGAAUAAAAAAGCUGUGGAUAUAACUGUGUUGAUUAUAAUUUAAUUUAAAGUGUGAGUAAACAUAAAAAAGCAUGGAAAAAAAUCCUACGUAGUUGUCAGAAUAAAAUUGUUUAUAUUUUAUAAACAUAGUUAUUUUUGAAAAAAAAAACUUCGUAACUAUUUCACUUUCAAGCUACGGAUUACUUUUUCGUAUGAAAUGUAAAUACUGAGCAGCUGGUUAAUGUUAAGUGAAACGUCUGGAGACAACAAACAUAAAUUGAAGAAUACAAACCACUUUUUAUUAGCAUUUCGACGGUAUAAUUUAAGAGAGUAGUGUUAAAAAUACUAUAUCGAAACAGUAAAACAUCAUCUGUUGCUAUUUUCAUACAUUUUUGACAGACCAACAUGGAUGGGAGAAGAACAAGAAAAAAAUAAUUUAGAAUGGUUUUAGAAAUAAAGUAAAUAAAACUGAAACAUUGAAAAAAAAUCGUAUAAA